CCGGUGCAGCGUCUAGCAAGUCUAUAACACGAACUGUCCAUACCACAGUUCAAUCUAAUUCAGUUGUAGUCCAAGUCAAAGUGGCAGAACAUAAAUGGAGAUGGUAUACACUUGUUUGAUAAGCAGAAUAUUAUACAUGUGCAGGUUAAGACACAUACAUGUUUGCGAAACGAUGCACGAGAAAGUUUAAAAUGUUCUUUAUAGUUGCUUCUACAAAGCGGAACAAUAUUUUCGUUUGCAUUUUCUGGAGGGAAUUAUUUCUGUGACGAUCGAUGGGGGACUGAAGUCAAGCUGCACAUACGUUUGUACGGUUCCGUUACACAAUUUAUAAGCUAAACGACUAGCUAUUUAAUUUCCCAUUUGUGGUGAAGAAUCAUCUCCGUCGUUGUUAUAUGCUUGAUAUUUGUGGUAUAGCAGACUUAAUUAAGCGAGGUGGUGGUAGGUCGGGCAGAAAACACGGGUGUCUGUCCCGCCCCCUGCUGGUUUCCAUGGGCAGUGUGCUGGCCUUGUCUUCUCGCCCAGGGCGUCAGAACUCACCUUUCCCUCAGGACAGGCCCCGAUCCCGAUGGGAUAGGAGGGAUGGGCGUCUUCCGAACCCCGGGAGCUUUGACGAGCUGCACCGCAACUGUAAAGAUGUCUUUCCACAGCAGACAGAAGGGGUCAAACUUAUUGUGAACAAGACUCUCAGUAGUUUCUUUAAGGUCAGCCACACUUUUCAUCUAAGUGCUGUGGCGCCAUCAAAUUAUCGUUUCCAUGUCUCCUACCUGCAGUCGGACACUGACAGUAAAGAAGUGGACUCCCCCAUGCUGAUUGGUGAAAUGGAUUCUUCCGGCAGUUUGAAUGCACACUCCUUGUUUCACCUGAGUGAACGAAUGAGAGGCAAGGCUGUCUUCCAGACUCAGCAGUCCCAGUUCGUCACCUGGCAGUUUGAGACAGAGUACAGAGGGCGGGACUUCACUGCGGCUGUCACUCUAGCAAAUCCGGACAUCCUCAGAGAGUCAGUGAUCAUGGUGGCACACUUCCUCCAGAGUGUGUCCUCACAGCUGGUGCUGGGAGGAGAGUUGGUAUACCACCGUGGUCGUGCUGAAGAAGGUGGCAUUCUCACACUGGCAGGCCAGUAUUCAGGGCCGAACUGGGUGGCAACAUUAAAUGCAGGUAAAGGAGGUGCGCAUGCCAGCUACUACCACAGAGCCAAUAAGCAGAUUCAGGUGGGGGUGGAGUUUGAGGCGAGCACCAGGACGCAAGAGACCACGUUCGCCUUCGGCUACCAGAUGGACCUUCCUGAGGCGAACAUGGUCUUCAGAGGGAUGCUGGACAGCCGGUGCAUCAUUGGUGGCGUCCUGGAGAAGCGCCUGUCUCCGCUGCCCGCCACCUUAAUCAUGGGAGCCUUUGUUAAUCACCGUGGAGACAAGUUGCAGUGCGGGCUGGGGGUGAAUGUUGGGUAGGCUGUCGCAGUGUGGGAGGGCAGGGGAGGGGCCAAGCCUCUGUGAGACUCGGGGCCCCUGCCUAUACGUACUCUAUGAGACUGGUGCAAAAUAAGCCCUGCUCUCCCUAGAGAGCCCAGUGUAAUGGAGCCCCACAGCCUCUCCCUGGCACUGUUCCUAGAUGCCCCUCAGAGCACAGGCUGCUGUCCCUACACCUCAUAACACCCAGGAAGUCCGUCUGUCCGUGCAUGGUCUGCAGGUGGGUGGCAAGGGAGGGUGAUGUGGUCUGGCUCAGUCCAGCAGCCUGCACUAUUGGUGAGCUAUAGACUGUAUCUGCUCUCCAAACCAAAUUCUUAUGUAGAUGUUUGAACAAGGCACGCUCUGCGUUGGACACUGCAACGUAAUGCACAUCCAAAGGACAUCCUGGCUUUUAGCCAGGGACCAAUCAGGAGAACCCCUUGGAGAUGUGACCCCUCGCACCCACCCCAAGCCCCACCACACCUCCACCAUGUAGAGAACACUUCUGUGUCCUUGAAAUGGAGCUUUGUAGCAGUUUGACCUUGUUUGACCCCAAUGUUUAUAGUAAGCCAGAGUGAACCCCACGUUGGUCGAUAAGGUGUCAUGACGGUGAAAUAAAGCAGCACCCAUGGAAAUUGUUGUCAGGAUUAUCUGCCUAACAAAGUAGGCAUUCCAAUGUUUCAGGCUUAUUCUUUAUGCUUGAAAGGACAAUGAAAGAGGGGUUUCAGUUAACAUGUAGGGUUUAGUGCACCUUUAGCUUCGAGGAAAGGCAAGAGUGUGCAUUAGUGUGUUUAUGAGUUUAUGUUUCUGAGGGUAACCAACCAUCUUGCCUCUAUCCAUCUGAAAUGGAUUGUUGUGUUAUGGUCCCACCUUCCUUUUUCCAUUUGCCAAGGACUGCAAAAAUGUUGGGGUUUACUCCCUACAACCUUUUUUGCUUUUGUAAUUUAGAAUAACUUUUAUUAUUUUCCAGGCCAUGUGGGGAAAUGUUUUUGAAAAUGUCAGGUUGUAGAAUCAAAUAAAUUAGUGCAAUAAUUAUUUAUGAUGGCAGGUUGUCAGGCCUUGCAUAUAAAGGAACAACAGGGAUCAAAUAAAUACUGUAUAUGUUUCAGCUCAAUAA